AUGGAUACUCUAAAAACAACAUAUGCACAUACUGACAUUGAGCCAAUCUAUGUUGGUGGAACCAGUGCUAGUAUUUCCACAUCCAACGGUGAAUUAUUAGCCACUCCAUUAAAUGAAGACGUUAUAGUUACCAAUUUAACUACUAAUGAAAUAAUAUACAAAAUCCCUGGAGAUGGAGAAGUCGUUACUAAUUUAGCAAUCACCCCUGAUGGCUCAUAUUUAGCAAUGAUAUCGCAGUCUCAGUUAUUAAGAAUUUUUGACCUUAACAAAGGUUCAGUUGUCAAGAAUUUUAAAUUACCCUCACCAGUGUACAUUUCCAGUGUUGAUACCACAUCUAGUUUAUUUGCCUUUGGUGGUUCUGAUGGGGUGAUUACUGUAUGGGACAUUGAAAAUGGGUAUGUUACCCAUUUAUUGAAAGGUCAUGGUACGACAAUCUGUUCAUUAACUUUCCAUGGUGAAUUAAAUUCUCAAGAUUGGAGAUUAGCAAGUGGUGAUACCAUGGGUACGGUUAAAAUCUGGGAUUUAGUGAAAAGAAGAUGUAUUCAUACUUUAAAAGAUCACAACACUGCAGUUAGAGGGGUUGGAUUUGAUCGAGAUGGUGAUUUAUUCAUAUCUGGAGGUAGAGAUAAUGUGGUGAUUAUUUAUAAUACCAAAAAUUUUAAGACCCUUAACACAUUCCCAAUAAACGAACAAAUUGAAGCGGCAGGAUUUGUUAGUUUAAUUGAUGAGAGACAAUACUUUUAUACUGCUGGACUGGAGAAUGUUUUGAAAGUAUGGGAUAUCAAAUUGGGAGAAAUGAUAGGCAGAUCACCUAUCCCAUUAAAGACCAAUGAAGAAUUAUUAAUUAUUGAUGUAAUAAAGUUGUAUAAUAACAAUUUAUAUUUGGUGAUUAGUGAUCAAACUUUAAUUGAACUAGAUUUACAAGAAUUGACACCAGAUCAUGAGGUUGUUGAAUUCCCAAUUGUGAAAAGAAUUGCUGGUAAUCAAGGUAUUAUUGCUGACAUUAAAUACGUUGGUCCUGAAUUCAAUCUUUUAGCAAUGGCGACAAAUUCUCCAGCAUUAAGAAUUGUUGAUACUGAGAAGCCAUUAGAAUUGAGAGUAUACGAAGGGCAUACUGAUAUCCUUAAUGCUGUUGAUGUAUCUACCGAUGGUAAAUGGAUAGCCACUGCUUCCAAAGACAAUGAAGCUAGAUUAUGGCGUUGGAAUGAUGAAUUACAAGAUUUUGAACCAUUCGCUAGAUUCCAAGGUCAUGCAGGUGCUGUCACUGCCAUUAGUUUAUCGAAAUCACAAAAUGAACCUAGAUUUUUAAUUACUGGAUCGAGUGAUUUAACAAUUAAAAAAUGGAAAAUACCAAAUGCACCAAAUUCCAUAGUCAAAACUUCAGAAUACACUAGAAGAGCCCAUGAUAAAGAUAUCAAUUCAAUUGAUGUUUCACCCAAUGAUGAAUAUUUUGCUACUGCGUCAUAUGAUAAGUUGGGGAAAGUAUGGCAAACAGAUAGUGGAGAAACUAUUGGAGUUUUAAAAGGUCACAAACGUGGGUUAUGGGAUAUAAAUUUUUACAAAUUUGACAAAUUGAUAGUCACUGGGAGUGGAGAUAAGACGAUUAAAGUUUGGUCAUUAUUGGAUUUUUCCUGUAAGAAAACACUAGAAGGACAUACCAAUUCUGUUCAAAGAGUUAAAUUUUUCAAUAGAGAACAUCCUCAAUUAUUAUCAUGUGGUGCUGAUGGGUUAAUUAAACUUUGGGAUUAUAAACAAGGAGAAAUCAUUAAAUCUUUGGAUAAUCAUGAUCAAAGAAUUUGGGCCAUGGAUUUGAAAAAUGAUGGAGAAUUUUUCACUACUGCUGAUGCCGACGGGAAAUUAAGUUCUUGGACAGAUAAUACUGAAGAAGAGGUCAAACUUAAAGAAUUACAAGCUAAAGAGAAAAUAGAACAAGAGCAAAGUUUGAGUAACUUUAUCAAGAAUAAAGAUUGGAGUAAUGCCUUUUUGUUGGCCUUGACGUUGGAUCAUUCAAUGAGGUUAUAUAAUGUGAUCAAGUCCAGUAUUGAAACAAAUGAUGAUAAAGAUUCUAUAAUUGGGUCAUUUGCAUUAGAGAACACUAUAAGUUUAUUGGAUGAUGUGCAAUUGGUCAAAUUAUUUAAAAAAAUUCGUGAUUGGAAUGUUAAUUUCAAGUUUUUUGAAAUCAGUCAAAAGUUAUUGAAUGUAAUAUUGAAUAAUUUCGCUGUGGAUAAAUUAACUGAAGUUCCAGGUUUGAUGAAGAUUAUGGAGAGUAUUAUACCUUAUAAUGAACGUCAUUACAAUAGGAUUGACGAAAUGGUGGAACAGACUUAUGUGUUGGAUUAUACUGUUGAACAAAUGAAUAAGCUAAUUGCUUAG